AUGCGGCGCCUGAGCCCACGUUCCUCGUCGCCUUUGCCGCUCAUGUCAUUCCUCCGACACACGAAUCGACGCCAGACCGGCGCUUGCAUUCUGCACUUGUCCACGGCUUCAACUCCUUCAUUGCAGGAGCGUGUUGUAUCGCUGUGCAAGCGACGAGGUUUCGUUUUCCCCAACUCAGAGAUCUACGGCGGCCUCACUGGUUCAUUCGAUUUUGGACCGCUCGGCGCGCAGCUGAAGAAGAACAUUCGAGACCUGUGGUGGCGGGACUUCGUGCAGCAUCGUAAGGACUGCGUGGGCAUCGACACGCCCAUCAUCAUCAACACCGAAGGCCACAUCGAGAACUUCCACGACCUGCUGGUCGAGUGCAAGGUCUGCCACCAGCGCUUCCGAGCGGACAAGCUCGUGGAGGAGCACGGAGUCGAGGGAGCGGGGACGCUCUCCGCUACGCAGCUCGAGCAUACAAUCAAGGAGCGCGACCUCAAACCCUCGCAGUGCACCCAGAAGGCCAAGCCAUGCACCUACACCGAUGUGCGAGCGUUCAAUCUGAUGUUCAAGACGAGCGUGGGCGCCACCACGGUCGGGAACGACGUCUACCUGCGGCCGGAAACAGCCCAGGGCAUCUUUGUCAAUUUCCAGCAGGUCUACAACUCAAUGCGGAGGCGCCUUCCGUUCGGAAUUGGCCAGUUUGGUAAGUCGUUCAGGAAUGAAGUGUCGCCCGGCAACUUCCUCUUCCGCCAGAGGGAGUUCGAGCAGAUGGAGCUCGAGUACUUCUGCGACCCGGCCGAGGCCGACCAGUGGUUCGGGUACUGGGUCGACUAUUGCCACGCGUGGCUGCUCAAGUACGGCAUCAAGCCCGAGAACCUCCACCUGCGCCAGCACGACCCCAAGGAACUGGCGCACUAUGCCAAAGCCACGACCGACAUCGAGUACCGUUUCCCGUUCGGCUGGGGCGAGAUCUGGGGUAUCGCCAACCGAGGCGAUUUUGAUCUCCAGCAGCACAUGAAGCACUCGCAGAAGGAUCUUCGGCACAAGGACAUAGUGACGGGCAAGGUGACGAUGCCCUACGUGAUCGAGCCCGCGGUCGGGUUGGACAGAAUAUUGCUGGCCUUCCUCACGGAUGCCUACGACGAGGAGACCAACGUGCCCACGGCCAAGGACAAGGCCAAGCCGGGCGAGGCCGAAGGCGACACACGCGUGGUGCUGCGGCUGCACGAGGACUUGGCUCCGUACAAGUUCGCCGUCCUUCCGCUGAUGAAGAAGGAGCAAUUGGCCUCGGCGGCGAAAGAUGUGUACGAUGCACUUGUGACCAAGGCGGCAACCGACUACGAUGACACGGCCACGAUCGGCAAGCGGUAUCGAAGGCAGGACGAAAUCGGCACGCCCUUCUGCAUCACCAUCGACUUCGAUACCCUCCAGGACAAGACUGUGACGCUGCGGUGGCGUGACUCGAUGAAGCAAAGGCGUGUGGCGAUCGCCCAGCUGCUCGAUCGAUGCCACGACCCCCAGUGGCUGCGCCAACAAGAGCAAGCAGGCGAAGACGACGAAACCGUCGGCGCCUUCUUGCGUUGA